CACUUCUUUCUCACUCGCUCCAUAGAAGAGCGCGAGUGUCUUACUAGUAAAUCUAUAUUCUUCUAUUUCCUUAGAUAAAUGAAGUUCACGUGUGAUAGCAGCCGGAGGCAAUGAACAAUCAACGCACUAUUCGAUUCUACUACGAUCUCAUAUCGCAACCAUGUCGAGCAAUAUUCAUUUUUCUCCAACAAACCAAGAUUCCCCACCAAAAGUGCCCAAAGGCGUUGAGAAAAUGGGAACACACGACAACAGAUUUCUUGCGAAAUGUGAACCGUUUCGGUAAGGUUCCCGCAAUCGUCCAAAAUGACAACUUCAAGCUGGCCGAAAGUAUUGCCAUUCUAAGAUAUCUCGCUCGGGAAUAUUCGGUAGCGGAUCAUUGGUACCCCCGAGACAGUCGCCAAAGAGCACGGGUAGAUGAAUAUCUCGAAUGGCAGCACUGCAAUACGCGUGCCCACUGUUCCAGCUACGUCCGGUAUGUGUGGCGGGGUCCUCUUCGGGGGGAGCCAAUGGAAAAAAGGACUGCCGAGCGACUUCGUGCCGAAAUGAUAGCUUGUCUAGAUUUUAUCGAAACCAACCUGCUCACGGAGGAAAAACGUUUCAUUGCCGGUGGGCGGGAAAUCUCCAUUGCCGAUCUGGUAGCGGCCUGCGAAAUUGAACAGCCUAAACUGACAGGCUACGAUGCACGGGUAGGACGACCGAAGUUGGCAGCUUGGAUGCAGCGAGUGAGAGAACGCACCCAGCAGGACUAUGAUGAGGCUCAUAAAAUUCUAGAUAAAUAUUCACCGAAGGUGGCUCACUGAAUAGCUAAUUUUACCGACCAUUGAAAUCUUCUAGUAAAUUUGUACAAAAAAUAUUAAUAAUUAAAUUAUCGAACAAUGUUGUGUUUUCA